UUGAAAUUGAAAAAAAAAGGAAAAAAGAGAUUCCGUGUACAACGGUUAUGGCGUUGUGGUAUUAAAUAGAGGGAGGAUGCUUGUUUAUGGUUGUAUGAAGUGUCCCAUAAUUCCCAACUCUGCGCUCCCAAAAACAUUACACACAACAUCUGCAGUCUGCUCAUUCUCUUCCUAUACCAUUUGUCCUCCUUCUCAUUAAUUACCCUUCCUUCUAAACGGAGUAUAUUUCUCUUAGUUUUCUCCGUCAUUUUCUGUUUUUAAGCCUCACUUCUCUCAAUUCUCUCCAACCAAACUACAUUCAUAAUUCAUUACUUCUGCGCUGUUCAUCAGAAAUCAUGAUCAACAAUACUGGAUUUUCCCUCCCUAAAUUCAUCCCCCUUUUGCAACGCAUUUCUUCUUCUUCUUCUAAGUAUCUUAAGCUUGAAAGUCGAUAUUUCUACACAUCCCAGGCAGUAUCCCCUGCUUAUAGCCAAAUUGGUAGUGAUGAUGAGUAUGCAGAUAUUGACUGGGACGGUCUUGGAUUUCGCCUUACCCCCACUGAUUAUAUGUAUUUCAUGAAAUGUUCCCAAGAAGACGGGUUUAUUUCUCAAGGCCAACUUAAUCCUUAUGGAAAUCUUCAAUUAAGCCCUUGUUCUGGGGUGCUGAACUAUGGACAGGGCAUAUUUGAAGGAAUGAAGGCAUUCAGGAGAGAAGAUGGCCGGCUUUUCUUGUUUCGCCCUGAUCAAAAUGCUCAACGAAUGAGAGUAGGUGCUGAAAGAAUGUGCAUGCCUUGCCCUUCGGCCAGCCAAUUCAUAGAUGCUGUGAAGCAGACAGUUAUUGCCAACAAGCGCUGGAUUCCUCCUCCUGGUAAGGGAUCCCUCUACAUGAGACCUUUGCUCUUAGGAAGUGGACCGAUCCUUGGGGUCGGUCCAUCUCCCGAGUAUAUGUUCAUAAUCUAUGCUUCUCCAGUUGGCUACUAUUUCAAAGAAGGCAGUGCCCCAUUGAGUUUGUAUAUUGAAGAAGAGUUUGAUCGUGCUUCGCGUGGUGGUACUGGUGGAAUAAAAACAAUCAGCAACUAUGGGCCUGCAUUGAGGCCACUGAUGAGGGCAAAGAGUAAUGGAUUUUCGGAUGUUUUAUACCUUGAUUCUGUAAAUGGAAAAUACAUUGAGGAAGUCUCGUCUUGUAACAUAUUCAUUGUAAAGGGAAACACAAUCUCAACUCCCCCAGUAAAUGGCACUAUACUCCCAGGCGUCACUAGAAAAAGCAUCAUGGAAAUAGCCAGCGAUCUUGGUUACAAUGUUGAGGAGCGGCCAAUCCCAGUGGAAGACUUGCUUGACGCCGAUGAAGUUUUUGGCACUGGAACUGCCGUUGUUGUUGCUCCUGUGGGUAGCAUUACUUACAAAGGUCAAAGAGUUGAAUACAGAACAGGUGAGAACUCAGUAUCAAAGAUGCUGUCGUCAACUUACGUUGCGAUUCAAACUGGUUCGAUAGAGGACAAGAAGGGUUGGAUGGUUGAAAUCAAUUAGGAUUCUACAGUUUCUGCCAAGAUGGUAUAUACAGAACCUAUGUUUUAGUUACUCUUUUAAGCUGAUUUUUUAUGGAGUGUCUGCAGAAUGUAAAACAUGCAAGAAUUGUGCAUGUUCAAAUGUCAAAAUAGACUCAUGUUGGGAGUUUCUUCCUACCUUUUGUAUAUAAUUGUUUCAUCGCAAAAUGCAACGACUCUUGAAGAAAAGGAAGUUCUCUCCUAGUCGGUUUUUUGUGCUCAAUAUGAGCACUCUUUGUUUUUUUUUUCCGGCAAAUAAAAUUUUAUUACUUACUAAAAGAAAAGGUGUUACAUCAUCCAGCCAAACACCGUAAACAAAGAAAAGCACCACGCUUGAACACAACAUCGGUAUGAAAUUUGGAACCCAUCUUCUAGAAAGGGUUGAACCGAUUCACUCAUCAUGUCUGAUAAAAUACGAAGAGUGAACCGACUUUACCCAUAGGCCAUCUUUCUCGGAAGCAAUGGCCCAAAGUUGUUUGAUCAAUGCAGCUUUGUUCCAAACGAACAAAUUUAUUAAGAUUGAGACCCCCUGUCCAUAGAUAACUUCUGCAGAGACUUUCCACUUGUUUGACUCCCUCAGACAUGUUCGAUCAGGAUAGACAGAAUAUGCAAAUAAAAGAUGUGUUAUCUUCAAUUUGAAGCACAUUGGGUGGAAUUUGAUGGAAGUGCCGUAUGAGCUAUGAAUCUAGAUAGGUAUUCCAUGUUCAAAAUGAAAAAGAUAGGGGAACCCUUUGGUACCUUUAAAGGGAGGACGGGUCUUCCAUUGAUGAGAAUAAAGUAAGAGACAAAUUGAACACAAACCAUGAUCCAAUUAAUAAAAGUGCUAGGGAAGCCUAAGUUCCUUUAAGCAUUGCUUGGUAUGAACUUCCAUUUAAUAGAAUCAUAGGCCUUUUUGAGGUCGAUCUUGAUCAAACAUCUUGGGGUUAAGUGAGACCUUGAGUAGCCCUUGAUGAAUUCAAAGGCAAGGAGGAUAUAAUGUAGCCAGGGCCGAUUAUGUAGAGGGCAAGCUAGUCUUUUGCACAGGACCCCAAAAA